AUGGCCUCUUCACAACUUCUUCCAUUGGAACUCAUCGACAAGUGCGUCGGAUCGAGGAUAUGGGUCAUCAUGAAGGGAGACAAAGAGUUUAGUGGCACCCUCGUCGGGUUCGAUGACUACGUCAACAUGAUUCUCGAGGAUGUUACAGAGUUUGACUACUCUGGCAACCACACAAAACUCGCCAAGAUCUUGCUCAACGGCAACAACGUUUGCAUGCUCAUUCCUGGCGGCGAAGGGCCGGUUCAGUCAUGA